AUGCCCGAGUGCCCGGAGCUGCACCUCGCCGGCUGCUUCAUCAACGGCGUGUGCGGCGGGCUGGUGUUCGCGGGCGGCGUGGAGCGCUCGGCAGUGGGCCGCGGCCCCGAGGUGCCGUUCCGCAGCGAGGCCUACCGCAUCUCGGCCCUUGCCCGGGGCAAGGAGCUGCGGCUGACGCUGAGCGCGCUGGACCCUGCCGCCGCCGCCGCCCCCCCGCCGCAGGACCUCGUGUUUCGUUUCGGCAUGUCGGGGUCGUUCCGGCUGUGCCCAGCCGCCGAGCUGCCCCGCCAUGCCCACCUCCGCUUCCUCACCCGGGAGAGCCCCCCGCGGGCCCUCUGCUUCGUGGACGCCCGCCGGUUCGGGUCCUGGCGCCUGGGGGACGCCUGGCAGCAGGAACGCGGGCCCUGCGUCGUCUCCGAGUACCAGGCUUUCAGGGAGAACGUGCUGAGGAAUCUGGAUGACAAGGCUUUUGACAAGCCCAUCUGCGAAGCCCUCUUAAACCAGAAGUAUUUCAAUGGAAUUGGGAAUUACCUGCGUGCUGAGAUCCUGUACAGGUUGAAGAUCCCUCCCUUUGAAAAGGCUCGGACUGUGCUGGAGGCCCUGAAGGAUCAGAAGCAGGAGAGGAGGAAGAAGGAUCCUUCCCUGACACUGAGCAAGAAGGUGAAGCUGAUGCAGAAGAACCCGGAUCUCCUGGAGCUGUGCCACACCGUGCCCAUGGAGGUCAUCACGGCAGAGAAGCACCUUUUGGACCCCGAGCACUCGGAUAACUAUGCUACCUUCAAGAACUGGCUGCAGUGUUACUUGGUGCCUGGCAUGAGCUCCCUGCGUGACCGCAACGGCAGGACCAUAUGGUUCCAGGGAGAGCCUGGUCCCAUGGCUCCCACAGGGCAGAAGCACCAGAAGAUGCCCCGCAAAAAGCGCGCUCAGCUGAAGGCAGACCCUGAGGCACUGACCCCUAAGGUCACCUCACCCGCCUUGAAAAGGCGCCCCAGGGCUGCAGCAACCCCCCAAAAGUCUGAUGAGAAGGAGGAGGGGGAGAAGGAGGAGGAGGCUGAUGGGCUAAGGAAGGGACGUGCUCGCCGGAGGAGGAGAGGGACUCCUGCUCCAGCCUUGCCUCAGCCAGAGGUGCUUCUCAAACCCAGAAGAAGCCGCCGGAUGUCUGCACGCAGGGGCAGAGGUGCAGUCCCUGUCAUGUGAGUGCUGCCCACUGCCCACCUCCUGAGGGGCAUUUAGUGGCCCAGGAGAAGCUCAGGGAGGGCUUGGCCAGGGACGUGCGUUAGUGAUGGGGGAAAUGGAGCUUCUCUGUACCUGUGCUCGCAGCUGCUUUUGCUACUGUUGCAUCCUGCAAGUGCGUGAGGGAGAAGCUGGGCUUGGUGGUGGGGUAUUUUCCUGCUGUCCAGAGGCAUUAGAGGGGAAGAAGAGCCAAGACCUUACAUUGUGCUGGACUCUAACUCUGCCUAAAACUGGGUUCUCUCUUCCGUUUCUGGCUGCUGCUCCACUCACUGUUUUUAGCUGACUAAAUAAUAAAAUAUUUUGUGUAGAAA